AUGGAUUUUAGCAACCACAAGAUGCCUUAUUCCCCUACCUCUUCCUCCUCCUCCAUCUCCUCCACGCCUCGCCCGACAACCACCACCGCCACCACCUUCGCCGGCGGGGCCACGACGACCUCCACCACCGCUGCCACCGCCGACCCGAUGCACUCGUGGUGGGAAUCCAUCUCCAGAGCACGCUCCCGCAUUCUCGCUCUGAACUCCCUCCUUCCUCCCGAUCCCUCCUCUUCGCUCUCCCUCUCUUCUCUGGCAGACUCCGACCAGCCGGCGCUCUCCUUCCUAUCGUCCCUCGACGCCUAUUCGCUCUUCUCGUCUGCGAUUUCGGCUCCUUCUUCAGGUUCGGGCUCCGAUCCUCUCUGCCAGUGGCUGUACGAGACCUACCUUUCGGCCGAUCCUCACCUUCGUCUGAUCGUUCUCUCUUUUGUUCCCCUCCUAACCGGAAUUUACCUCUCCCGGAUCCACUCCUUGGAGUCAACAUACGCUCCUUCUCUCGCUGGUUUUGAAGCUGUCCUCCUUGCGAUCUACUCGACGGAGGUGAAAUCUCGGGCUGGGAAGCCCGUUCUGGCGCAGAUUCCAGAUCUCUCGCAGCCGUCUCUGUAUCACAGUCCUCGGAACAAGCAACAAAGACCCACUAAGCCGAGGCCUUUGGUUGGUAUUUUGAGUGCUCCGUUGGAGCCUCAGCUUGCUGUGAAGUCAACGAAGCGGCCGAUCAUCGUAGGCGUGGCCCUUGAUUGCUAUUUCCGGCAGAUCUCGCAGAUGCCGAGUUGGUCUAAGGUGGAAUUGUGCAAAUAUGCGGCUGCGUGGGCUGGGCAGGACUGUGUUUGCAAGAACAAGUUUGAUGCCGAGGAGAAAUCUGAGAAGGAAUACGCCAAUGAGAAUGGCGCGGGGUACUUUCUAGAGGGCAGCAACUUGAGCAAUGGGUUCGACCAAAAUGGCCACGGUAAUGGUGUUGAGAUUGAACAUGAGGAAGAUGUUGUGGAACGGAUUAGGGAAUUGAAGAUUGAAAGAGUUGAUUCAGGGGAAUUGGAAUUGAAGGGGGUGAGGAUACCCCUGGCUUGGGAAGUUUUGCAGCCAUUGUUGAGGAUUUUGGGGCACUGCUUGUUGGGUCCAUUGUGCGCCCAAGAUGUCAAAGAUGCUGCUUCUGUGGCAGUCAGACGAUUGUAUGCGAGAGGGUCUCAUGAUUUGCUUCCACAGGCGAUAUUGGCCACUCAGAGCUUGAUUCGGCUUGAUAAUAGAGCAAGGGAGACUGCACAGGUAGCAGCAGCUACAAGUACGCCGUCAAAUGCAACUACACCCAGCAAAGCUAAGAAGCCUGAAGUUCUAUUGGUUUCCAAAUGA